UUUUGGACAUUUUGGUUGUUCAGUUGAAUGUUUAUGACAGAAGAACGAUUUUCACCGUAAAAGUUGACUGAUAGGCCCAAGUUUAUGAGUUUUAUUAACAAUAUUUGAAUUCAACAAAGUAAAAUAAAUCUGCAUAUUAUAGUUUAUCAUAUUUUUACUUUAAUUCUUGCUGUACGACCGGACUGUUGCAUUUGGCUGUUGACCCAGCAAAGUUAAUUGAAGCGGACUAUGUACCGUGACGGUGGUCGUGGGGGUAGAGGUGGAGGAAGGGGAGGAGGACGAGGUGGUAGCCGAGGUGGCCGAGGGGGGGCUGGGGGAGGAAGGGACAGAUGGGGUGGCAGCAGCGAGGGGGGACGAGACAGUUGGGGUGGAAGGGGCGGAGGGAGAGGAGGAGGUGCUGGUAGAGGUCGCUUGACCAAGUCGGACCAGCCUGGUCAGAACCUUCGUAAACCUCGGUGGGAUAUGAGCACAUUGGAGUCUUUCAGGAAGGACUUUUAUGUCCCUCAUCCUACUGUUGCCAACAGACCCCUGGCAGAAGUUACUAGGUAUCGUCAAUCCAUGGAAAUCACCACUAAUGGAGAUGGUAUACCAAAUCCUAUCUGUUUCUUUGAGGAAGUCAACUUCCCUCCCUAUGUAAUGGAAGAAAUUAGAAAGCAAGGUUUCGACCAACCAACAGCGAUUCAAGCGCAAGGUUGGCCGAUUGCUCUGAGUGGCCGAGAUAUGGUUGGCAUCGCCCAAACUGGAUCUGGCAAGACUUUGGCGUACAUUCUACCAGCCAUAGUCCACAUCAACAAUCAGCCAAGGCUGUUGAGGGGAGACGGACCCAUCGCCCUAGUGUUGGCCCCCACCAGAGAACUGGCUCAACAGAUACAGCAGGUUGCUACAGACUUUGGAUCUUCAACAUAUGUCCGCAACACAUGUCUGUAUGGAGGAGCGCCUAAGGGGCCGCAGGCUCGUGACAUAGAGCGAGGGGUGGAGAUAGUGAUAGCGACACCCGGCCGACUUAUAGACUUCUUGGAGCGAGGACAGACCAACCUGCGACGCUGCACUUACCUGGUGUUGGACGAGGCCGACCGCAUGUUGGACAUGGGCUUUGAGCCCCAGAUCAGGAAAAUAAUUGAACAGAUCAGACCUGACAGACAGGUACUGAUGUGGUCUGCUACCUGGCCCAAGGAGGUUAGGAACCUGGCAGAGGAAUUUCUCAACAACUACUUGCAGAUCAACAUUGGCUCUCUCACAUUGGCUGCCAAUCACAACAUCCAUCAGAUAGUUGAGGUCUGCGAUGACCCAGAAAAACCUGACAUGUUGCUUAAACUUCUGAAUGACAUUUCUCAAGAGCCUGAUAAUAAAGCCAUCAUCUUCGUCGAGACGAAACGAGGAGUGGAUGAGAUAACUAGGACUGUACAGCGUGCAGGGUACAAUGCAAUGGCAAUACAUGGAGACAAGUCACAGCAGGAUAGAGAUUAUGUUCUGGCUGAUUUUCGGUCAGGAAGAUGCAAUAUUCUGGUAGCGACGGACGUUGCCGCGAGAGGCUUAGAUGUGGACGAUGUAAAGUUUGUGAUCAACUAUGACUACCCUCAGUCGUCGGAAGACUACGUUCAUCGUAUCGGCCGCACAGGUCGAUCGUCCAAGACUGGGACGUCUUACACAUUCUUCACCCCCAGCAAUGCUAAGCAGGCUCAGGAUCUCAUCUCCGUGCUGCAGGAGGCAGGGCAGGAGGUCAGCCCCAUGUUGUACCAGCUGGGAGAGAUGGCUAGGAGCGGGGCGUUUGCCAAAGGCGGUAAGAGGUUCCGCAUGGAUCGCUCCUACGAUGGUGGCAGAGACAGAGGAUUCCGAGGUUCCAGAGGUGGAUCUCGCGGAGGUCGAGGGGGCAGCAGAUUUGACAGCGGAGGAAGUCGAGGUGGUGGACGAUUUGGAAGUGAUGAUAGAAGAGGAGGUUUUGGUGGUGGAAGAGAAGAAGGUGGACGGUUUGGUGGUAGAAAUGAUGAUAGGUUAGGAGGUGGGAGAGGUAGAGGAGGUAGGGGGAGGUUCGACAGUGGGGGAGGAAGGGACUACUCUGGGGAAGAGAACAAUGGAAGCUUCAUGGGCGGAGGUAGAGGAGGUGGUUAUAACAACGAGAGAGGCAUGAGGGGCCGAGGUGGGAGCCGAGGAGGGUCGGGAGAGAGGGGAGGCAGAGGGGCAAGGCAGAAGCGAGAGAGCCGUUGGGGAGAGGAGAGCGAUGAUCAGAAGGCAAAGAGAAGGAUCAUGGAUGACGGAGGUGCUAGGCCUGCGCCUGUGGUGGACAUGAGAGCCCCUCCUCCAGGUUACAACCCCCAGGGAAUGCCGAUGAACUUCCCACAACAGUUCCAACAGCCCAUGAACGGAUUCAGUUUCCAAAACCAAAUCGCUAUGAACAGAAACUAACUCUAGACGGUUUGUUCAGUUAUUUAUUCCUCAGAAACCCAUUAGUGUUAGGAAUUUGGUAAAAAUUACUAGCAUAAUUUGUAUCUGUGAUUUUAAACACUCUGGUUUCUAUGAGAGUAAAAAUAUAUUUUUUUUCUUUCUGAUGUUUCAGAAACUCAAAGUAUUAAUGUUAUGGUAGAUAGAUUUAAUUUUUUAUUGUGAGUAAUGUUUCUGGAAGAGUCCUUGCUCAUAGAAACUUCCUUUAUGUGUUUCUUCCACUCUUCUUAGUUUUGCCAACAAGUAAAAACUCAGAAUACCGCCAUAUAGCACAUGGUAGUUACUAAUCCGAUAUAGAUUUGUUAAUAGAAGUACAAUUAAAAGAGCUAAUAAGGUUUUAUAUUAUUUUAUCUUUUAUUUUAGGGAUGGUUUUUAAAUGUUGAAUAGUAACCAAUUUUCCGAUGACCCUAAGAGUUGUUAUUUUAGAAUGUGUACAACAUGAAAUAACCCCAGCUCACUAAAGAUUUAUCACCGCUCCAUUUGAAAUGUUUUCAAAAAGAAUCAAAUCGAUAUUAAAUAAUUAAUAGUUUGCCAGAAAGCUAAUCUUCUGUGGGCUCAGGUUAAUUCAAAUUUUAAAAUACAAUUUGGUUGUAUAUGCAAAUGUUUUAGUGUUAUUUGAUCACAAGUAGUAAAAAAAUAGUAACAAAACAAUGCACUUUCAACAUUUUUGUACUUUUUUUUAGAAGUUGAUCUGUUUCAAUGUUUCUUUGUAGUAAAUAAAGAUACAAUUUUAAAAAUGAA